GAGGGCAUGUGAAUCGUGGAGCUCCCAGCUCUUCUGCUCCUGUUUCCACCAGCUCCCUCCCUGAGGGGCUCAGCAGGCCAUGAUACAAGCUGAAGCAGAAGGGUGACAACAAAUAUUAUGAGAUCUUGGAGGCAUCUGAGGUUUAAUGAGGACUUUCCAGCAUUCCAGACCGCUGCCCUGCAAUGAAGCUCUGAGUCACGGUCCUUGAGUCUAAGGAGUUGGCAACAAUGUGGAACCCCAGGACAGCCAACCUGACUAACCUUCACUCCGAGCAGAAUCCCAAAAUGAUUCUGGCCUGAAAUCAGAGCAAGCCUACAGAAAAACUUGCUCCUUAAUGGAAACAGGAAAGGAGAGAAGGGUUUGCAACAAAUUGCAACAGAGUUUCCACCAUUCCAAAGAGCCCACCUUCCUUAUCAAACAGGCCAUUCUAUGUGAUGACUCCCGUUCUAGCCUUUUGCCGGACACAGAGCAUGUCAGUCUUGCUGGAAAAAUAAGGACAGGACCUCAGAAAACGAGACCUGGAACGGUGAUACUCUCAAAACAGUCCAGUAGGAGAAUUAUGUUAGGAAGUCAGCCCAGCCCCCCUGUGAUCCCCUCCCGCAGGCCUGGAUUCCGGGUGUGCUAUAUCUGUGGCCGAGAAUUUGGGUCCCAGUCAAUUGCCAUUCAUGAACCCCAGUGCUUGGAGAAGUGGCGGGUUGAAAACAGCAAGUUGCCCAAGCACCUGAGGAGGCCAGAACCCUCCAAGCCACAGCCUCUCGGGGGCAGUGGGUCCUACAAUCUGCAGGCAGUGAACGAGGCAGCGCUCCAGAGUUCCCGGUCUCAGCUGCUGCCCUGCGAUUCCUGUGGCCGCACGUUCUUACCAGAUCGGCUACCUGUUCACCAGAGAAGCUGCAAGCCCAAGGGUGACGGGCCCAGAGCACCAACCCCCAGCAGUUCUGACGAUGGUACUGGUCCCAGGAAGGCUGCUGGGGGCAUCCCAGCCCGACCAAAGACUCUCAUCUGCUACAUUUGUGGUAGGGAGUUUGGCACUCUGUCCCUUCCCAUUCAUGAGCCCAAAUGCCUGGAAAAGUGGAAAAUAGAAAAUGACCGGCUCCCCAGGGAGCUCCGCCGACCACUCCCACAGAAGCCUCGGCCACUUCCCACUGGACAGUCCAACCAAGAGGGGCCAAGUCAAGCUCAGCUGGAGCCCUGUCCAAACUGCGGCCGGACCUUUGCCCCAGACCGCCUUCUGGUACACCAGAGAAGCUGUAAAGCUCAACCGCGUGGGCCAAAAAUUCAGAAUUUGACCUUAGGGAGUAAAGGUGACCUAAAAGAGUCCACUAAUUCCAAGCAGCAAAGGAACAUGGCAGCACCCAUGGUGACUGAUAAGCCGACAAUGAUAAGGCGUCCACCAACAGUUAUCUGCUACAUUUGUGGUCGUGAAUACGGAACAAAAUCUAUUGCCAUCCAUGAACCACAAUGUCUGAAAAAGUGGCAUAAUGAAAACAACUUGUUACCUAAAGAGUUAAGGAGAUCAGAACCUAAAAAACCAGAAGUCAGGACCAUUACGGCCAAAGGCUUCUAUGAUCUCGAUGCCUUAAAUGAAGCUGCUUGGACCAGCGCCCUGAGCCAGCUGGUUCCCUGUAAUAUUUGUGGGCGUACCUUCCUGCCAGACAGACUGAUUGUUCACCAACGAUCCUGUAAACCAAAAGCCGCCAAGUAA